UCGAAGAGCGUGCCAAUUGCCACGCGAAGCGAUUUGUGCCCUCUACUUUUGCUUUUCUGCGACCACCUCCCCUUUUCACCCCCCGCGAAAACCACGCCGCCACCGCCGCCGCCGCCGCCGCCGCCGCCUCCAGUCGACAGCCCCGGGGCCGUAACCCCUAGUCAUGGCGUCCUCCAUACUCUCCGACUGCUCCUCGGCCCGCCUCCUCCCUCUCCGCCGCGCGCUCCUCCCUCCGGCGCCCGGCCUCCGCCCCUGCCCCGCUCUAGCUCACCCCAGGCGCCUCCUCGUCGCCGCCCGGCCCCAGCUGCUCCCGCGCCCGCGACGCAUGGACUCGGUCCCCGCCGCCACCGCCUCGUCCGCCGACUCAGCGACCGUUUCAGCCGAUGCACUUGCCAAAGUGAUUGACGGGAAGCUUGUGGCGAAGCAAGUGAGAGAAGAAAUAGCUGUCGAGGUUACCAGGAUGAAGGAUGCAAUCGGCAUAGUGCCUGGCCUGGCUGUCAUCCUUGUCGGGUCGAGGAAGGAUUCACAGACUUACGUGCGGAACAAGAAGAAGGCGUGCGAAGCAGUCGGUAUAAAGUCGUAUGAGGUCAACUUGCCUGAGGACAGCUCCGAGGAGGAGGUUAUCAAGCACAUAGCGAGCUUCAACAGUGACCCGUCCGUGCAUGGCAUCUUGGUUCAGUUGCCCUUACCUCGUCAUAUGAACGAUGAGAAUAUUUUGAAUGCUGUCAGUAUUGAAAAGGAUGUUGAUGGCUUUCAUCCACUGAACAUUGGACGACUCGCAAUGCAAGGUCGAGAUCCAUUCUUUGUACCUUGCACCCCAAAAGGAUGCAUGGAGUUGCUACACCGAUAUGGAGUUGAAAUUAAAGGGAAGAGAGCUGUUGUAAUCGGAAGAAGCAAUAUUGUUGGAAUGCCUGCUGCAUUGUUAUUGCAAAAAGCAAAUGCAACUGUCAGCAUUGUACAUUCACAAACUAAGAACCCUGAGGAAAUAACACGACAGGCAGAUAUAGUCAUCGCAGCAGUUGGAGUUGCCAACUUGGUCAGAGGGAAUUGGAUAAAACCUGGAGCAGCUAUUAUUGAUGUUGGUAUCAACCCAGUUGAUGACCCAGAAAGCCCUCGGGGUUAUAGGCUCGUCGGAGAUGUUUGUUAUGAGGAAGCCUCCAAGGUUGCCGGAGCAAUCACACCAGUUCCAGGAGGUGUUGGGCCGAUGACAAUUGCAAUGCUUUUGUCAAACACACUUGAGUCAGCUAAAAGAAUCCACAAAUUCAAAUAACUGCACAAUCCAACAGAAAUAAGGUGGGGGUUGCGUGCCUAACCUUUUGAUGUAGACUACAAGCAAAGGUUUUGCUCAACUGUUUUCUGUGCCUUGCCUUCUGUUGGACCAGAAAAGUGCAGGAGUCCUAAAAAAUAAAUUUUGACACAGAUGAGAUGGGUUCAUAGGGGUAUUUUUAUUUUGAUAAUAUGACAUGGAUGUUGGAAUCCUGUUUCUGGCACCAGUUGAAUUGAGGUGAAUCUGAGAUGUCAGUAAGUUGAGGUGUCAGUAAGCUGUGAUGAAUUUUGUUUUGCUACAUGCAUCUGACCGAAUCAGCAAAAUUUGUUUCCAUGCCUUGAUUGGGGUACCUGUGACUGUGACUGGUGGGUGCCAUUGUCGAUGUGGGAUAAUGGGGACAAGCGCUCCAAUCUAAUGUGUCCAGUUGGAUCCUGGAUUUUAUUA